GCAGGACGGGGCGCCGACAAUUUCACUGUUCAGCGGUACCGUCCACGUGAAUAUCUCAUGUCAAAGUGCCUAAUGUGGAAAGCAUCGGAAACAUCGGGUUCUGGUUUUUAGUUACCACACCUGAGGAUACCUUACAUUUCUUUCCAACACCACCUCCACUAAUGUUUCGUCGUUCAGGCCAAUCCUUUGCUUCUGACCUCGGUCGCCGGUCGUUCUCGGUGUCGGCUUCUCGAAGGAGUUAUGCUGACACUAUACCCAACCUACGUAUUCACAAAGACACCAAAGUACUUUGUCAGGGUUUCACUGGAAAGAUGGGAACCUUUCACGUAAAGCAGGCUUUGGCUUAUGGAACGAACAUGGUUGGGGGUGUCUCCCCAGGAAAAGGUGGCCAAACGCAUCUUGGUCUCCCAGUCUUCGGUAGUGUCAAGGAGGCCACACGGGCAGUAAAGCCAGAUGCAACUAUCCUUUAUGUUCCUCCCCCAUUUGCUGCUGAUGCCAUCAUCGAGGCCAUCGAGAACGAGAUUGGUUUGAUUGUCUGCGUAACGGAGGGUAUUCCUCAGGCCGACGAAAUUAAGGUUAUGAAUGCUUUGAAGAGCCAAUCUAAAUCUCGCCUUGUGGGGCCCAACUGCCCCGGUAUCAUUGAUCCACUAGGCUGUAAAAUGGGUAUCCAGCCUGGCCAUAUCCACAAGCCAGGAAAGAUCGGCAUCGUUUCGCGUUCUGGAACCCUUACAUAUGAAGCUGUCGCUCAGACCACCGGUGUUGGUCUCGGUCAAUCACUUUGUAUUGGCAUUGGUGGCGAUCCAUUCCCCGGCACUCAGCAUGUAGAUGCCCUCAAGGUUUUCAUGGAAGAUGAUGCGACUGAGGGUAUUGUCGUCAUCGGUGAAAUUGGUGGUUCGAUGGAAGAGGAGGCUGCCGAGUACCUUGAAAAAUACAACAAGACUCGCAGCAAGCCUAAACCUGUCGUCGGGUUCAUCGCCGGACGCACUGCCCCCCCUGGGAGACGUAUGGGUCAUGCUGGUGCUAUCAUUUCCGGCGGCAAAGGCGCUGCAGUAGAUAAAAUCGCUGCUCUUGAGAGAGCUGGUGUUUUAGUGGCGGACAGUCCGGCAAAGAUUGGUGCUGAGAUGCUCAAGGCAAUGAAGGCAGCAGGUCUCGUGUAGAUAGAGUCUUAGUUAUACCAGUGCUACAUAGUGUACCACAUUUCAAUUUAUUGGUUUUCAAUAUUC